CUUAGGAACUAAAAUAAAAAAAACCUUAUCAGAGAGAAGCUUUUGUGAAUGUACUUGUGCAUUAUUCACCGCGAGACAAUAGAAGUUUUAUCGGUCGUGGACACGAAAUCUUAGUUUUUAGAACGCCUCGCCGCGUUCAUAACCUAAAGCCGCCUUAUUUGGGCAAUGGAUAAACCCACAGUUAAAUUCACAGUCAAAGACAACCACAUUCAACCUCGGGAUGUUGUCAACGAGUUGGGCCGCAGGAAGCUGGAGGAUGAGGUGGCCAGUGUCGAGAUCACUGUUCCUGAGGGAGAGAAUCUCAUGAGAAGAACAGCAGCGGACGCCUUCGGCUUCGAACCGCUCAUCAACCAGCAUCACAGCGAAAACGAGCCGGUGGUGCACAGGACACCGUCCGGCGACCACCUCAGCGGCGACGACGCCAAAAUCCGGAUCAGCAUCGAGGGCAUGACCUGUCAGUCGUGCGUGCGCACCAUCGAAGAGACCGUCAGCCAGAAACCCGGUAUAUAUUCAAUAAAAGUCAGCCUGCAGGAUAAGUGUGCGUUCGUCCACUACGACACGAAAACCGUCAGCGAGGAUGGCGUCUGCGAGUACAUCGACGACAUGGGCUUCGAGGCCAGUUUGCCGCUGCUGAAAGACGGACACAGGGUGCAGAACUGUGUGGUGCACAUAAACGGUAUGACGUGCAACUCGUGCGUGCAAAGCAUCGAAGGUAUGAUCUCGACCAAGGAGGGCGUGGAGAGUAUCAAGGUGGACCUGGCGCAGAAGCUGGGACGCAUCAGGUUCGUGACGGGGAAGGUUACGCCGGAUCAGCUGGCCGAACAGAUCGAAGACAUGGGCUUCGACGCCUACGUUACGGAAGUCGACGGCAAGCCUCACAAGAGCAACAAGCCGCCGGAAGUACAUCCGGAAGGGUCGACUAGCUUAGCUAAAAACCUGGACAAGUGUAACUUACACAUAAAAGGCAUGACGUGUGCGUCGUGCGUUGCUGCCAUCGAAAAACACGUACACAAGAUCCAUGGCUGUGAAAAGAUAUUGAUAUCGUUGUUGGCGGCGAGGGCCGAAAUACAGUACGACCCUCUGGUCAUCAGUCCUAACGAAAUAGCAGCCUCCAUCACUGACCUAGGGUUUCCCACCACUGUGUUCCAACAGGCGGGAGUCGGCGAAGCCGAAGUGGACAUAGAGAUUAAAGGCAUGACCUGCUCGAGCUGCGUCCACAAGAUCGAAACCAAAGUCUUUCAACUAGAGGGCGUGCUCAGUGCGAAAGUGGCCCUGACGACGUCCAGGGGCAAGUUCCGGUACGACCCGGAAGUAACGGGGGCCCGCAACAUCAUCGAAGAGAUACAGAAGCUGGGCUUCGAGGCGCGGGUGCACAACAGGGAACGCGGCGCCGACGACUACCUCCAGCACAAGGCGGAGAUCAGGAAGUGGAGGCGGGCCUUCCUGUUCUCGUUGGCGUUCGGCGGUCCGUGCAUGAUCGGCAUGAUGUACUUCAUGGUGGUGAUGCAGGCGAGCGGCAAGUCGCACGAGGAGAUGUGCUGCCUGGUGCCCGGACUGUCGCUGGAGAAUUUCCUGAUGUGGGCGUUGAGCACGCCCGUCAUGAUCUUGGGGGGUCGCCACUUUAUAGUUCAGGCGUACAAGGCGUUGAAACACGGCACGACCAACAUGGACGUACUGAUUGCCAUGGCUACCACUAUUUCGUACGCUUACAGCGUGUGCGUGGUGGUUGCCUAUAUGAUUAUGAGGCAGAAUACGUCACCGCAAACGUUCUUCGACACGCCACCUAUGCUGUUGGUGUUUAUCAGUCUUGGAAGGUGGCUGGAGCACAUUGCUAAAGGUAAAACAUCAGAGGCGCUCAGCAGGUUGUUGUCAUUGAAGGCAACGGAAGCAAUCAUAAUAAAGCUUGGCAAAGAAGGUGAAGUCCUUGAGGAGCAACAAGUACAAGUGGAUUUGGUUCAGAGGGGUGAUUUUAUGAAAGUGGUGCCUGGUGCUAAAAUACCAUGCGAUGGAAAAGUUGUACAGGGUAACUCAAUGUGCGACGAAAGCCUGAUAACCGGCGAAAGCAUGCCGGUGCCGAAGAUCAUCGGCAGCUCAGUGAUCGGCGGCUCCAUCAACCAGCACGGUCUACUAAUAGUCGAGGCGACCCACACCGGCGAGGCCACCACCCUGUCGCAAAUCGUCAAACUGGUCGAAGAGGCGCAAACCUCCAAGGCACCCAUCCAACAGUUGGCCGACAAAAUCGCCGGCUAUUUUGUGCCCAUCGUCGUCUUCCUGAGCUUCCUGACGCUGAUCACGUGGUCGAUAAUCGGCGCCAUCAAUUUGGACUAUUUGCCGCUGUCGAAGCACGAGCUGCACGAUUUUAACAAGACGGAGGUGAUUUUGCAGUUCGUCUUCAGGUGUGCACUCAGCGUGUUGGCGGUGGCGUGUCCCUGUGCGUUGGGUCUGGCUACACCCACCGCUGUUAUGGUCGGAACAGGCGUUGGAGCAAGUAACGGCAUCCUGAUAAAAGGCGCGGAACCCCUGGAGAACGCCCACAAGGUCAAAGUGAUAAUGUUCGACAAAACGGGCACGAUAACGAAGGGAGUGCCCCAAGUGGCCAGGAUGUGGAUGCAGGGCGACUCGCUGACGCCCGGCAUCAUCUUGAGCGUCGUCGGAUGCGCCGAAACCAACUCCGAACACCCCAUCGGUCUCGCCAUCGUGAAGUACGUGAAGGAGGCGCUGGGCACCGACCUGUCCGGCACCAGCAGCAACUUCCAAACCGUGCCCGGCUGCGGGAUGAAGUGCACCGUCGGCAAUUUGGAUCAGAUGGUGAACAACGCCAAGAACGGCAAGGAGCUGAGCGACUUCUCGGCGCUGGUGGCGGCGGGGAGCUCCGGUUUGUUCACCGUUAACGGGGUGCAGGUCGAGGUUACGCACUCGCAGAACAUGAGGCUGGGACAGUUGAUUGGUAUGACGCCUGGUAACCAGGUGCUGGCUGAUAAGUACGAGGUGGUGAUCGGGAAUAGGGAGUGGAUGAACAGGAACGGGUUCACGGUGUCCGCGGACGUGGACAGGAGGAUGUUGGCGGAGGAGGAGCAGGGUAGGUCGGCUGUUUUGUGCUCAAUCAACGGGGAGAUCGUGGCCAUGAUCAGCAUCGCCGAUACGGUCAAGCCUGAGGCUCAUCUGGCUGUUUAUAGUCUCAAGAAAAUGGGGUUGGAGGUGAUACUGUUGACUGGCGACAACCGACAGACGGCUGCAAGCAUCGCACGUCAAGUGGGCAUCACCAAGGUGUAUGCGGAAGUUUUGCCCUCGCACAAGGUGGCGAGGGUGCAGAGGAUGCAGCAGAAGGGCUUCAAGGUCUGCAUGGUGGGCGAUGGGAUCAACGAUUCGCCUGCUUUGGCACAAGCUGAUGUUGGAAUGGCCAUUGCGGCUGGUACUGACGUGGCCGUGGAGGCUGCCCAUGUUGUUUUGAUGAGGAACGACCUGCUGGACGUUGUCGCGUGCUUGAAGCUGAGCAAGAAGACUGUUAACAGGAUCAGGUUGAACUUUUUGUUCGCCAGCAUGUACAAUUUAUUCGGCAUUCCUUUGGCCGCUGGAGUCUUCAGCUUCUCAGGCUUGAUGUUAGCACCGUGGAUGGCUAGCGCAGCAAUGGCACUUAGUUCCGUCUCCGUCGUCUGUUCCAGUUUGCUGUUGAAACUGUGGCACAAACCUACGGCUAUUGAUUUGGAAACGGUCGACUACUUGGCUUCCAAAGAUAAUUGCGACGUCGACGCAAUUUCGAUACAUCGAGGACUGGACGACGUCGAGAACAUUGCACAAACUCCGACAACACUCAGCAGAAUAGAGAAAGAAACGAGUAAAGUUGUUCCUGAACAAGAACAGAAAGCCUGAAGAUCGACUUCUAGACGACGACGAUUUAACGGUGGAUUUCCAGGGGAAAAACCGCUAUGAUCCAUCUGAACCUCUAAUGUAGCAUGUACUCAAUAAAACCAAAACCUUUAAAACGGUUCUUAAUUAUUCCAGGGCGAGUUUUUACAACGUCACAAGACUGAUUAUUUAAUCGUUGCAAAAGUUCGUUCUUUUUUAUCAUUUUAGUUUUUUAAUAUUACAUUUUUAAUGAUCUGUUAUGUUACUUAAUAGUUUUUGAGGCAACGAAAUUAGUUGUUUAUUGUUUUGUGUUUGUGAUAUGUUGAAAUUUAUUUAUUUUACAAAAGUAAAUAUCGUAUUUUAUUAUGCCCAAUAUAAAUUGUAUAUUAUAUAUUAUUUUUAAAAUAAACAGUUAUUAAACU